AUGUCGGACCGCGCGAGGCCCUCCGAGGGCGACGCCCGCGGCCGCGACGACGACAGAUACGACCGGGGACGUCGCCGCGACAGCCGAAGCCGCGAUCGCGGCGGAGACCGAAGAGACGACCGCAGACGACGGCGCUCGCCGAGCCGCUCGCGGUCGCGGUCGCGGUCCGCCACGCCGCCGCCGCGUCGCCGCCGCCGCGCCACCGGCUUCGACCAGCCCCCCCCCGGCGUGCUCGGCGUGCCCCUCCCCGGCGGCGGCGUCGGCGUCGCGCCGGAGCAGCAGCUGCGGGGCGCGGCGGGGGGAGCCGCUCCCGGCGGAGCGGCGGCGAUGAUGAGCGGCGCGGGAGGUAUCGGGCUGCCCCCGGGGAUGGGGAUCCUCCCGGGGAUGAUCGGCGGGAUGAGCGCCGGCGGGUUGGGGGGCGUGGGCGGGAUGAGGCGCGUCCCCGUCCCCGCCGGCGCGCCGGCGUCUACGCAGGCGACGCGACACGCGCGCCGCAUCUACGUCGGCGGGCUCCCCGCGACCGCGAACGAGGCGAGCACGGCGACGUUCUUUUCCAACGCGCUCGCGGCGAUCGGGGGCGUCGUGCAGACCGCCGCCGCGGCCGGCGUCGAGCCCGUGCUCAACGUGUACAUGAACCACGAGAAGAAAUUCGCCUUCGUCGAAUUCCGAACCGUGGAGGAGACGUCGAACGCGAUCGCGCUGGACGGCGUCGUGUUCGACGGCGUGUCGCUGCGCGUGCGGCGACCGAACGAUUACAACGCGGCGAUCGCGGCGACGCUGGGACCGUCGACGCCGUCGACCGACCUCGAUCUCGCGGCCAUCGGCCUCGUCCCCGGCGCGGGCGGCGCCGCCGGCGGCGCCGGCGCCGGCGGCGCCGCCGGCGGCCAAAACAAUCUCUCCCCCGAGGACACCGCGAACAGGCUCUUCGUCGGCGGCUUGCCGUACUUCCUCACCGAGCCCAUGGUGAAAGAGCUCGUCGAGGCGUUCGGACCGACGAAGCACUUCAUGCUCGUGAUGGACCGAGAGACGGGGAACAGCAAGGGGUACGGCUUCUUCGUGUACCAAGACCACGCGGUGACGGACGUCGCGUGCCAGGGCUUGCACGGGAUGAAGAUGGGCGAGAAGACGCUGACGGUGAGACGCGCGACUGGCGCGGGCGGCGGCGCCGCGGGGGCGACGAACGCGUCCGGGCUCGCCGGCGGCGCCGGCGGCGCGCCAUCAACUCGCGUUGCUGAGGCCGAGGACGCCACUACCGGGGGGGAGCGCGCCGCCCGCGCCCCUCGCGGCGCGAUGCCUCGCGGCGCGCNUGCUUCACUAACCGCGCGCUUCCUCUCCUGCAGAUGCUGUCUUACAGACCCGCCGCCGCCGUCGAACCCGCCCUCGCGCGUGCUGUCCCUGAACGACAUGCUCGACGUCGAGGACCUGAGAGACGACGUCGAGUACGGGGAAAUCACGGAGGACAUGCGCGAGGAGUGCGGAAAACACGGCGUCGUGCUCGAGGUGCGCAUCCCGCGACCGGCCGCGGCGGGCGGCGACGAGAUCGUCCCCGGUCUGGGGAAGGUUUUCGUCCAGUACGAGGAGGUCGCCGGCGCGGAAGCCGCGAGGAAGGCGCUGCACGGGCGCAAGUUUGGCGGGCAAAUCGUCGUCGCCGACUUUGUCGACGAGGCCGCGUUCGCGGAGGGGCGGUACUCGUGACUCGCGACGCGACGCGACGCGACGCGACGCGCGGGGGACGGGCGGCGACUGGAACGCGCGCCCAGCCCACCCUCUCUCGCGUAUUAGUACAGGAUGGACGCGCGCGGAGACCUACGGUAUGGUAUAAAAAAGUUACAGCGCGCGCGAGCUACGCGGCUAG